AUGGGAUUGCCUGCUGUCAGCUCGUCCAGGAUCACAACGACAGACAAAUUGCGCCUUUUCAUCCGGCCAGUCUUUUGCUUGCCUGUUGAGCGAGGUCUGUCAGCGGCGGAAAACAGGAUACCACGCAGAUCGGUCCCGUUUCAUGCCUUGAUCAUUGGCAUCGACAACUACCGAUCAGAUCAAAUCCCCAAUCUUCGUGGCGCUGCCUCAGAUGCCGACGCUGUCGACGAGUAUGUGCGCACCGAGCUUCGCGUCCCGGCACGUCAGAUUGUCAACCUCCGUGACAAGCAAGCUACUCGAAGCGCAAUCGUACGAGAACUGCAGGCGCUGUGCUCAAGAUCUACGCGUGCAAACGAACCUAUCCUCAUUUACUUUGCUGGACAUGGAACCAGUGCGCCAGCACCAGAUGGCUGGGCCACAGCGAGCCAUCGUAUUUCUUCGAUUGUUGCACAUGACACCCUGGCCAUAGAUCGUACUGGGACUAUGAUAUGCCCCAUCCCUGACCGAACUAUCGCCGCGCUCCUGUAUAAGCUUGCGCAAACGAGGACAGGCGAUCUCAAUGGCGAUAAUAUUACAGUAAUCCUAGAUUGUUGCCACUCCGGAUCGGGAACGCGUGAUCUUGAGCAUCGGCCCUACUGUCGACGACGCGGCUUUGACUUGAGGCUGGAUUUCAUACCCCCAACUCUAGAUCAGACUAUCUGGGAUAACUUUGACGGGGAUCGUGCUGUCGAUAUUGCUCCUGGUUUCGCCACGUCGGGGUGCAGAUCACAUGUUCUUCUGGCCGCCUGCCGCGAGAGUGAGACCGCCUUCGAAGAGAACGGUCACGGUGUAUUUACGCGCGCACUCUUGAGUACUCUACGCUCAGUUGCGACGGACUCGAUCACCUAUCGCGAACUAGUCCAGCGCCUCCCCAUUAUCCCCGGUCAAACCCCCCAAUGCGAGGGGCACAACGUAAAUCGCCUGUUGUUCGAUGCACUCGCACCCAGUAGAAGGCACAUUGCCUACCUGGUUCAUGAACGCGAUGGGAAGUUUGUAAUGAACGCCGGCGCAUGUCAAGGCGUGUCUUAUGGCGCUCGAUUCUCUAUCUCCAAGGAUAGCCCUGUUCUGUCAAAGCGCCCCCCUAUCUCGACUAUCAUGGUCGCGACCGCAGUGGAAACGCUCAGUACCGAAUUAUCUGGGUCCAUUUUCACUCAUCACCAGUCUGAUCCUAGUGCUGUGUAUUUUGCAUGGCAAGUCUCGCCUGGCGAUGCUGAAGUCCUUCGGCUACAUGUUCCUGCGUUUGGAAGGCUGCCACGCGCUCUGAGAGGAUUGUUCAAGGAACUCGGAAACUCAGAGGAGUUAGGUUGCCCCGUCCUUCUCUUGUCCGAUGAGCGCCAGGCGUCAAUAGGCGUGUCUAUGUCCGGUUCCGUCGUCACAUAUCCGAUCUAUGACCCUCUCAUCACAUCGCUGGGCCUGCAUAGACUAUAUGGAACGACUAAAGCGGACGUGCGAUUCAUUCACGCGGUCCUGCGCGGCGCCGCUCCCUUCUUUUGGAACUUGCACCGUUCGCCGGUGAAAAGCUCUAUGAGCCGGAAGGUUAUCGUACAGGUUCACGAAUUACGUGUAGACGUGGGCGGAUGUCUGGAUGAUGACUUGCGCCCGCCUUUCAUACCGCACGGGGAGAAUGUUCUGCGGUCGGGGACGGUCAAUAUCGUGGCGGAUGACAAGACAAUCUACGGAAUGUCCCUUCGUAACAGUUUCGGGGUACCGUUACACGUUUCGGUGUUCUUCUUCGACUGUAGCGACCUUUCUGUCAUAGAUUACUACCAACCGCCGGCUAUAGGAAAGAGUGGAGAAGCGUCUCUGCCAGCCGAUGGCACCCUAUCCAUAGGGUAUGGUGCCGAUGGAGGCGUCCCGUUCAAGUUCCGCUUAAGGCCAGGCCAAGAGAGAGACGUCGGCUUCAUCAAGGUUUUCAUAUCGACCGAGCCGGUGGACCUCUCUGGUGUCUUGCAGGCAUCGGUCUUUGACACGUCAAUGCCUCGUGGAACCUUCAGAGCCCAGGGCAGGUCGCGACAUGCCUGGGACACUAUACUCAUACCCGUUGUACAGCAUAAAGCACCAUCGGGAGACCUUUGA